CCACCAGAGUACCGUUACGUUAUUUUCGUGAAUCCUAAAAGUGGUACAGGAAAGUCACGUAAGAUCUUUAAAAAUGCCCCUAAGAGGAUGUUAAGAGAAGCUGAAGCCGAAUACACUUUAAUCACAACAGAAAGGCAAGGUCAUGCUUAUGAUUAUGUAAAGGAAAUGAAAUUAAAUCAAGUCGAUGGGAUCAUUAUUGUCUCUGGUGAUGGGUUAAUCCAUGAAGUUAUUAAUGGAUUAAUGAGCAGGGAAGACUGGGAGCAUGCAAUUAAGCUACCGAUCGGUGCAUUACCUGGUGGAUCAGGAAAUGCCUUAUACCAAUCGAUUUUAUAUGAAUCCAAUAUAACAAGCGCCAUGUUUAUGAUAAUCAAGAGAUAUACUACUAAAUUGGAUUUAGUCUCCAUUACAACACUCAAAGAUCAACGAUACUCUUUUCUAUCAGUUGGAUGGGGUUUACUUUCCGAUGUUGACAUAGGUACUGAAAAAUUUAGAAAAUUGGGCACGGCAAGAUUCGUUUUAGGCACAGUAAAGCAUUUAACGAAAUUAAAAUAUUAUCAUGGUAAAUUUCAAUAUCUACCUAAUCCAAUGAAAGCUACCGCGGGAGCAACCAAUAAUACUGAGUCUAAGGCAGGCCCGAAAUCGAUAUUGCCACCAAUAAAUGAAUCUUUGCCUUCUACUUGGGAAACAGUCGAAGAUGAUAUGGUUCUGUUUGGUGCAAUCUACUUGCCAUAUUUAUCAACAGACAACUUUGUUGCUCCCACAUCUCGGCUAAACGAUGGCAUUAUACACUUACAAACUAUCGAUUCAACUUGCAACAGAAAAACCAUGCUAAAGAUAUUAUCUAAACAGAAAGAAGCAGGCCAUCUAGGCAUGAGCUGCGUGGAGGUAUUUCCUUGCAAAGCCUUUCGUUUAGAACCGAUAACUAGCCCUGGAAUUAUUACUGUAGAUGGUGAAUGCGUGGAUUAUGGUACGAUUCAGGGAGAAAUCUUUCCCGGUUUAAGUCGAGUAUUCUGUCGUAGGGCUAAGUCUAGUAGCAGUAGUAGUUAG